GGUGAGAGGAUCCUUGCCAUUUGGCUGACGUUCCCUGUGACAGCUCGACGCCCCACGAUGGCGUGUAUGUCGCGCGUGGUACAGCGGGGCUCCAUGUUUGCCGCGCGGAUGAGAAAGCAGGAGUGGACGUGCAGUUUCGCGGGUCUUUCUGUCCGAUACCACAGCACCAAAACGGCUCCGCACGCACGGGGGAUGGAGUACCAGGACGCCAUCUGCACUCUGAACACCCUCCAGACAAACGCCAGCGCUCUGGAGCAGGUACGACGGGAGCGGGGCCUCCCUCAACUGCAGCUCCAAGCCAUGCGAGGCUUCCUGGAGCGAACCGGUCUCACUGUGGAGGAACUGGACCAUCUUAAUAUUAUUCAUGUGACGGGAACAAAGGGCAAGGGGUCAACGUGUGCGUUUACAGAGUACAUUUUGAGAAGCUACGGCUUUCGUACAGGAUUUUAUAGUUCCCCACACUUGGUACAAGUCAGAGAGAGGAUUCGAAUCAACGGACAGCCUAUUGGAAAAGAGCUGUUCACUAAAUACUUCUGGCAGGUUUAUGGACGGCUGGAUGAAACUAAGGACGCUCAUGGAGGAACGAUGCCAGCAUACUUCCGUUUCCUCACCAUCCUGGCUUUCCAUGUGUUUCUUCAGGAGAAGGUGGAUUUGGCAGUAAUAGAAGUUGGAAUUGGUGGAGCAUAUGACUGUACCAAUAUAAUCAGGAGGCCGUGGGUGUGUGGCAUCUCCUCUCUGGGUAUAGACCACACUCAGAUUCUUGGAGACACCAUUGAAAAGAUCGCCUGGCAGAAAGGAGGCAUUUUUAAGCCAGGUGUUCCUGCCUUCACAGUCAAACAGCAAGAGAACGCCAUGACUGUGCUCAAGGACCGAGCCAAGGAGAUGAAAUGUCCACUGUGGGUGUGUCCAGAGCUGGAGGAGUAUCGGACAGACCUGGGUGGUCCUCUGCGUCUCGGUCUGGCAGGGUUGCACCAGCACAGUAACGCCUCCCUGGCGCUCCAGCUGAGUCACACCUGGCUGCAGAAGAGAUGUUUAUCAGCAGAGAAAAGCUGUUCUUCCACUGACGCUGAGAACACUGCAGGUGUACUGCAGGCCGCUUCCUUCAAGCUCAGCCCCAUCAUGGUGAAAGGGCUGGCAGACACCGAGUGGCCUGGGAGGAAUCAGACGCUGAGACAUGGAGCAGUCACUUACUUCCUGGAUGGAGCUCACACCAUGCGCAGUAUGCAGGCCUGUGUACAGUGGUUUAGAGAGACUGCGGCCCAGCAUGAGAGGAAAGCACGUGGAACUGUGGCCAGAGUUUUACUGUUCAACGCCACAGGAGAGAGAGAUUCAUCAGCCAUGCUGAAACUACUGGUGCCGUGCCAUUUUGAUUUCGCCGUGUUCUGCCCGAACAUCACUGAGGCCGUCGCCUCUUCUAAUGCAGACCAGCAGAACUUCAACGUGUCAGUGGAGAACAUGUUGACUCGUUGUCUGGACAACGAGGGCAGUUGGCGUCUUCACCACAGGAAGGGCAACAACAACAACGAUCCACAGCUGCUCAUCAGGGACACCUUGCCCCUGGUGCCUGAGAAUAAAGCGGACACCCUGGUCUUCCCCUGCAUCCUUAGCGCCCUCCAGUGGAUUACCCAGGGCAGGGACUCGGUGCUGGCCGACGCGUCAAAGAGAGUCCUCACGGUGAAACCCAGCGUCACGGCCAAAGCUGCUCCGCUCAGCGCCGCGGCCGAGAUCCACGUCCUCAUCACCGGCAGCCUCCACCUGGUGGGAGGAGCCCUCCGACACCUGGACCCCGCUGCCUCCAAGUAACUUCUUAGUCGUGUGAGAAUCCAGACACAGGUGCUCCUCAUUCACAGCUUGGCUGCAGACCAAAGAGGGGUCUGUGUCUGCAGAUGAGCAGUUAGUGGUCAGUGAAGUCCGGUGUUUACUUGAAUGGACGGAGGCAGCUGCACAUUCACACACUGCCUUGGAAGUGAGCGCACGCACGUGUGCGGCUCAUGUCUUUUAGUCUUACACGAAGUGUUUACAUGAGGCACAGGUGGUGCAGUCUGACGCCACUGAGGUGAUAUCACCGUUAUUACAAACACUACAGCUUAAAGGGAGAGAGUUCGGGUCUUUUGAAAUGUGGUUGGAUGAGGUUGUGACUCAUAAUCAGUGCUAACUGUUGUGUAUGUGCCGCCUGUACUUUGACACUGAGGCUCACGGGUAACGUGGCUGCCUGCGGUGACACAAAGAAAAACAGAUUUACUGUAGGAAUUAUGUUUGCCGCGUCAUCUCACCGUUAAAGAACAGGAAGGUGAAGUUUGUAGAGCAGUCACUCUCCCACACCACAGGUAAAAUCAGUGAUUUUGACAUCACAGCACACAGGAGGUGUUGAUCCACUGCUGCCUCCAUGUGUUCUGUUCUAACUUCAGUGCUUGAAAUCCUCUCCUGUUCAGAUUUACCUCAGUGACGCAAACAGACCACACGAGGCAGCAGUAGUAGACCUGCAGCUCCUGUGAUCUUCUCCCUGGUGUGGGGGGACCAGAGAGGGAUCCACUCACAAACCUCCAUUUCCUGCCUCACUUCAGAAGCUUGACUUUUAUUUUUGUGACGAUUGCUGCUCAAAAAAAAAAGUAUAGAAUUGUGCAAAAGUUUGAUUUCAUGGUUUGGGGAGAGGUUUCACUCGUUUCUAUAGUAACCGACAGUCGUCUGAGCUUAAAAUCUGCGAUUAUUUUCAUUAGCAAUUCAAUUCUCACUGAAUGAGUAAGAAAUGUAGUUAAUCACAAUAGUUACUGCAGCGUGACUUCAUUCUACUGAGAGGAAGAACAUGACGCUGUGCCACAAAAUACAGAGGAAAUAACAACUGUCUACACAACACCGUUACAAUGCCAUAACGGGAAAAAAAAUAAGAAUGAGAAAAGAUUAAAUAAUGAGUAAAUAAUAAUAUAUACAUAGGAAGAUGGAAUUGUCAACAAAAGAAAGACUUUACUGGAUGAAAGAGAGGAUACUGCACAGAGGAUCUCAUGGAUUUUGGAGCCUUUUUUAAAAAAAGUAGACAAAUAUUGCCAGGAUGUGUCAUCGUGAUGGGUGUGUAGACUCUUUUGUGUGUCCGUUGUAUGAUGUUGCAUUCGUUAUUUCUCUCACUCGACACAUUUAAAGGACGUACACGGCGGGAAGCGCUGAAUGAAUCUUGUGAAUGUGUUUUUUCUGCUUUUUAAUCGAUGGAAACACAUUUUUGCACACUUUCUACUUUCGACAACAUGUGACGACGACUUCUCCUCUGCUGUAGAUUGAGUGUAAAUAUUACAACACUAGUGUCGACGUCAUGGGUUCGUGCACCCGCAAAUCAAAUGUAGUGUAAUGGGAUUUACACUGGAAUUACACAAGUGCUCCUUAAUUUAUUAUUAAUCCUGAAUAUUAAGUAGUACAUGCAGUUACUGUAUGUAUGAAUGAAUGAUGGUCUGUGUACAAAGUGCAGUCAUCGCCUUGUGCUGUUGCCAAAUAAGGUUUCAACACAAUAAACUGCACACGCUUCGUUCCUGUGGAUCAGUGGAAACUUAAAAAGUCCUUAAUGAGGGCUCGUCUUUGUCAGCGGUGAAUGUGAGAGCUCUGUUCAUCACAUGUCGAAUACCACCGACUUUAUUAAACCCCAAUGUUAAAACUG